ACUUCCACCGCUUCCCUCUGAUUCCCCCGGCCCAUCCUAUUUUAACAGCAUCCGAAAAUGGCCACCCCCCUGGAGAAAGCCCUGGACACCAUGGUUCUCACUUUCCACCAAUAUUCCGAGAAGGAAGGAGAUCAGUUCAAGCUCAACAACAAGGAACUGAAGCUGCUGCUGACGGAGCAGCUGCCCGGAUUCAUCAGCAAGAAAAGGGACGAAUCGGCGUUCCAAAAGAUUAUGAACAACCUGGAUUGCAACAAGGAUAACCAGGUGGACUUCCAAGAAUAUGCCACAUUCCUCGCCUGCAUCGCCAUGGCGUGCAAUGAUUUCUUUCACAGCUUCCCGGACAAGACGCCGCGCCAGAAAUGAAGCGUGGCGUGGAACUAAAGAGCGGGCCAGUGUGCAAAGAGGCGGGCACAGGCGCGUGAGUUCUCAUCCACUUUCUUCCCCAUAGCCUUACUGAUGCAACAGCUUCUGAAUUGGGGGUCUCUGUAGCAAGGAGAAUAGCAAUUGCCUCGUUUCCCCCCCCCCAAAACAAACAAAAUAA